ACAGGUAGCAAAUCACACCCACACCGAUAGCUGCAAACAUCCACCACAAAAUGAAGCUUCACGUAGCCUUCUUCCUCCUGGUGACCAUGGCCGCGACGGCGCGGGCCGUGACGUUCGACGCGUCCAACACGGCGUCGGGCACCACUGGCGGCAAGCGCUUCGACAACGCCGUCGGCCUCGUGUACUCAAAGCAGGUCCUCUCCGACGCCUCCACCUUCAUCUGGAGCACCUUCAACCAGCGCGCCGCUGCCGACCGCAAGCCUGUGGACGCCGUCACCCCCGUCGUGGAGGACAUCGACGGCGUCGCCUUCACCAGCGGCAACGGCAUCCACCUCAGCGCCAGCUACGUCGGCGGCUACACCUCCGGCGACGUCAAGAAGGAGGUGACCGGCGUGCUGUACCACGAGGCGACGCACGUGUGGCAGUGGAACGGGCAGGGCGCGGCCAACGGCGGGCUCAUCGAGGGGAUCGCUGACUACGUGCGGCUCAAGGCCGGGCUCGCGCCCGGGCACUGGAGGCCGCAGGGGAGCGGCAGCCGGUGGGAUGAGGGGUACGACAUCACGGCGAGGUUCCUCGACUACUGCGACUCGCUCAAGCCCGGGUUCGUCGCGCAGCUCAACGCCAAGAUGAAGAGCGGGUACAGUGACGACUUCUUCGCGCAGAUUCUCGGCAAGAACGUGCAGCAGCUGUGGCAGGACUACAAAGCCAAGUUCGGAGGCUGAAUGGGCUUUUGCCUCUUAGUCAUCUCUCUUGCACGGUGUGAUGGCAUAGCACACUAUACAUAUUGAAAUAAUCAACAAGACAUGUGCUUUACGUUGUAAUGAAAUUUAAAUAAAGGAUUUUGCUAAUUCGAAUUGACGCGA